GACCUUGGUUUUCAUAUGGUUACUGCACACCACGGUAUAUCUGAAUGCUGUCGGCUGUCCACUGUUAUAGUACACACGACAGAGUGUUGGAGGAAUAACAGCACACCAGGUAGGCUUGUUUUAGUGCACAUCGAUGGAGAACCAGCUGCUGAAAGGAGAAGACUACAGCACCGUGUUCGAGCCUCUGGUGUACCUGGCUAACUAUGUGAGAGACAUCACGGGGCACGAAGACCAGGGACACUUCAUGAAGUUUGCCAUGGACGCGUUUCAUAAAGCAUUCUCAAAGGCAAACACGAAAGGCAGGCGGCUUCUAGAUGUGGGAACUGGACCAAGUAUUCAUUCUGUGAUCAGUGCCAGUAAGCACUUUGACGAGAUCUACCUCAGUGACUUGUCCACGCGGAACUUGAAGGCCCUGGCGGAGUGGAAGAACGGGACCCUGCAGCACAGCUUUCACACAUUCUUCCAGUAUGUCGUAGAGAAAGAAGGAGAAGGCGAGGAUGCCACUUCAAGAGAGGAGGAAAUGAGAAACAAAGUCAAAGAUAUAUUAUUUGUGGAUCUGCUUUCGGAUACUUGGUCAGAGCUGUCCUCCAAGCAGCCUUACGAUGCUGUAGUGACGUCAUUGUGUCUGGAAGCGGUCGCUCCCAGUACGGAAAUAUACAAGUCCAUAGCGGGGAAAAUAGUCGCUUUACUGAAGCCAGGUGGCGUUCUUGUCGUCACGGGUGUUUUGGGACAGUCCUUUUAUAUAGUAGGGGAUCAUGAAUACUACUGCCUAUCUAUUAAGGAGCAAGACAUUAAGUCCGUAUGGACAGGCUGUGGUUUAGACAUAGAACUCUGGGAGUGGAAUCCAAACAACGAUAGACGUCCUGGAAAGAGAUCCGAUUAUGAAGGAAUCUUUUUAAUGAUGGCAAGAAAAAAGUAGUAAGCCGUUGGCAUGAUGUCGUUAUUUAAAUAUGGGCAUAUGCAAAUGAUGACCGUUCUUUGCUGGGAUCACAUACAGCGGACAGUUGUGGCAUAUAAUGACCAUGCACAACACUAUUUAUUUGGGAUAACGAACAAGUUUUUCCUCUUUCAGACAUUAUACGUAAUUUGUUGUCGAUACUUGUAUUCUAGGACAUUUGUGGUCCUAAAAAAAAGUUUGUUUUGUUUAACGAAACUACUAGAGCACAUUGAUUUAUUAAUCACCUGCUACAUUUUUCCAUUAGUAGCAAGGGGUCUUUUAUAUGCAUAUCCCAUA